AUGGCUCUUCAACAGACAGCACAUAGUGCAUGCUCACGCAAAGUUCAUUGUGUGACGAAACACUACCUUGAUGAUCCUUUUGCCGCAUAUUUUGCCAAAGAUACUACAAUAAUUAACAGUCCCUUGAUGAACCGCGGUACAUGGCUGCGUACUGUUGCUAUUGAACGUAGUUUGUUAUCAUUUGCGAAGAAACACUCUGGUGAUGGCCCUCUGCAGGUCAUAAGCUUUGGCGCCGGUGUUGACACAUUGUAUUUCCGUUUACGAGAACAGCAUCCAGAUGUGAAGAUUGGUAAAUAUAUUGAAUUAGAUUUCCCAGAUAUGAUAACAGAGAAGCAGAAUAUAAUACGAAGGACAGAGAAACUGAAAAGCCAUGUUGGUCCAGAGUAUGAAUUGAUUUCUUGUGAUCUACGAAAGACCGAUGAACUACUUGAAAUUCUAAAAAAAAAUGUCUCUGCAGAUAUGCCUACAGUAUUGUUAGCGGAAAUGGUUUUUGUUUACCUUGAUGAAUCCAUAUCGACAAAAAUACUUGAACUUACCUUAAAUGAUGUUCUUAAGGAAGACACUAGUGUUUUACUCAUUGCUUAUGAUGCCAUACGUCCUAAUGAUCGUUUUGGGGAAGUAAUGGUUAGUAAUCUUGCCUCUGUAGGAGUGCAUCUUCUGGGAAUACAAAAGUUACCGACACCUGAAGCUCAUGCAGCACGUUGUAAGAAUGUGGGUUUCACAGACGUCAUGGCGACAUCUAUGAGGCAAUUAUAUCUCACAGUCCCGCAAGAUGUACAGAAAUGGUUAACAAAACUUGAAAUGGUGGACGACUGGGAUGAAUGGUGCAUAAUGCAUGAUCAUUAUUGUUUUAUUUUAGCGACGAAAAACACGGAAGCUAUAACCACUGUAUUUUAA